AUGUUUUCUUCUGGAAGUUGCUUUAUGCAAUCGGACCUCUAUGCCUUCUGCCCGCUUCCAGGUGGUAAAACGGAGCAGCAGCUGACCCCCACAUCUACCACGCUCACAGCCACGGGAGUCGCAUCAGUAAAUGCAGCCACGCUCACUCUCACGCCCGCCCAGCCGUCCAAGGCUGGCAGUGUGUUCCUGGCAGCGCGCGUGCCGCUCUUCUCCUACCAGCUCAUCGGGGACACCUGCGGCCGCCAGCUCGCCUUCUCCUCCUCCUUCUCCUUCACUCUCACCCGCCCUGCUGCCUCCGGCUCCGAAGGCUUUGCCUUUGUGGUGGCCUUUGAUGCCACCCCGCCUACAACACCGGUGGCGGGCGGCAUGGGGUAUGCGGGGAUGGGAGCGCGCAGCGUGGCAGUGGAGUUUGACACGUCGAUGGAUGCGGGCAACAGCGACCCUGACAGCAACCAUGUGGGCAUCAACACCGGCGGCAACGUCACGUCGGUGGUCACAGCCAAGCCCAGCACCCCUCUCAAUGACGGCAAGUCGAAGCACGUGUGGAUCGAGUACGACCCUUCCUCUGAUGGCUCCCUGCGCGUCUUUUUGUCCUCCAAGGCGUCCCCUCGCCCCACCACCCCCCUCCUGUCGGCACGCAUCUCCCUGUGUGAGGAGCUCGCUCCCUCCCCAUCGGAGUAUACCUUUGCCAUCGGCUUCACUGGUGCCUCCGCCGCCCAGCCUCAAAGCCAUGUCGUCUCCGCCUGGACCCUCUCCACCUGCGACUGCUGGGCGUACGCAGUGGUGGGCAGCGUGGAGGCGGCGCUGAGCAUUCUCGCCAACACCUCAGCGGCGCCGGUGCUGUCAGUGGAGCAGCUGAAGGCCGCCAUGAAGGUCGGCUGCUCUGGCAGCACGCCCUCUCAGGCCUUCCAGCUGCUGCUCAAGCUGGCACGCAAGGGAGGCGGGCUCGUGCCAGAGGGUCAGUGGCCGGCCGAGAAAGGCAAGACGCCUGUGAAAGCAGGCAGCAGCAGUCCUCUCUGCGCACCGCUUAUGAAGCCACUGGCAAAGCUGUUUGGUGUGGCGUGCGGCAAGGGCAGCGGCAGCGUACGACAGCUCGCCGGUGGGUUCCCCAUCAGUGGCUUUGAGUCGACGUCCUUCUACGGCUGGUUUGGGCUUCUGUUGGCCGUGCAGCGGCAGCCAGUGGUGGUGCACAUUGAGGCUUCCACUGACUGGUUCAAGAGCUACGAUGGGGUGAGGCGAGUAGUGUGCUGUCUAGUGAUGGGAGGAGGCGAGAAGUGUGCUGUCUUGGAACAGGACCCAGGGUGCUUCACGUACAACCUGAACCACGUGGUGCUGCUGGUGGGGUACCGCCUGGUGGGCAAGGACUCGCGCUUCCCCCACAUGGCGCCGCCCUUCUGGAUCAUCCGCAACUCAUGGGGGGCUGACUGGGGCGAUGGGGGCCACAUGCGCAUGGACAUCCAGGGGGGGGAUGGCGUGUGCGGCAUCAACUCGCUGCCAGGCCUCUACCCUGUGGUUAGAGAGGAUGCAUGCAAGGCAGCCCAGCGCAAUCCGUGUGCGGUGGGGCAGUGUGUGAAUGACGGGGCGGGGUCGUACUCGUGUGUGUGUCCACCGGGAUUCAGGCAGGGCACCACCGUCGAUGGCACCUUCUCCUGUGCUCCAGGUGACACCAACACCACCUACACCGUGCUCUCUCCCAACGUCCGCUGCUCCGAUGUCUUCCCGGUCUACGGCCUCACGCUCGCCCAGUUCCAAGCCCAGAACGUGCGUCUCCUGCACCCACACCUCAUCACCAGUUAUCCCAUCCCACCCUCCACCGUACUAAAAGUGGCCAGCCCAGCCUCUCUCAUCCCCUGCUCCGUCUUCUACACCACUCAGCAGGUCCCCACCUCCCACCUCUCUUCUUGCCCCCUUCCUGCCAAUGCACCAUCUUUUCCAUCUUCCUCAAAUAUGCUCAUCUUCCUCAUAUUCCGCACUUAUGUCCUAGUAUGGCCCCCAAUGGCCUCCACCCCAUUUCCCGACCUCAGAUUUUCCAUUCGUUUCACCUCUCUACCUUCCCUGAAGAAGGCACUCACAGUCUCUGACUCUGUAUAUCCCUGUGCAUCUCUCCCUCCUCCAUCUCCCUUCAAUCUUUCACCACCCUUUGCUCGGCGCCCUCACAAUUUCUCGUUCUCUUCGUUCCCUUGCUCCCACCUCCCCCUCUUCCCCUCAUCCUCAGGGCGACACCUGUGCAGCCCUGGCGCUAUACUUCAAAGUGCACUGGUCCUGCCCAUCUGCCACCUGCACGGCCACCUUCCAGGCGCUCAACCCCAGCUUGGACUGCAGCGCCAACGGCGGGCUGCUGCAGCCCGAGCAGGCGGUGUGUGUGAGUGCAUGAGCUAUCAAGUGGGGCUCAUCCCGGUGUGCUCGCAGUACUACCUGGUGCAGAGCGCAGAGACGUGCGAGUCCAUCCGCAAUGUGCCCUACCCCCCUCUGAGCCCCGUUGACUUCUUCCGACUCAACCCCGGCAUCAAGUGCAACCGCCUCAUUCCCAAAACUGAUGUUGACGGCUUCACUGGCUUUGAGGUGCGUGUGUGA